AUGGCUCAGUUGAAUGAAAUCCGAGGCCGAUUGGCCCUGAUAACAGGGGCGUCUGGCGGAAUUGGAGCAGCCUGCGCUCACCAGCUCGCCGAGAAGGGCGUGCAUCUUGCCUUGACAUACUCCUCCAGCGCGGCAGCAAUGACUGCCCUUGUCGACGAGCUCAAAAGCAAAUACGCAAGCGGGGAUGGAUCCAGUCCACUUCGCAUCUCAGCUCACCAGGUUGAUGUUUCCUCUGCGGAGCAGAUCGAAGCCAUGUUUACCCAAAUAGACAAAGAGCAUGGGCAGCGGCCAGACAUUCUCGUUUCGAACGCGGGAUAUGGCAAGCGCGUACCACAGGUUUGGGAUAUCUCGCUUGAAGAAUUCGAUUAUACAAUCAACGUCAAUCUCCGGGCGUCGUUUAUUCUCGUCAAGGGGGUGGUAGAGCACAUGAAGAAUCAACGAUGGGGUCGGAUUGUGUUUAUGUCUUCGAUAGCUGGCUAUGGUGGUGGGAUUAACGGAUGCCACUAUGCUUCUUCCAAAGGAGGCUUGACUGGGAUGAUGAAGAACCUCUCAACUCGCUUAGCCGAGCAUAACAUCAGUGUCAACGACGUGGCACCCGCCAUGAUUGGCGACACGGGCAUGAUUCCUAAUGCACAGGCAAUUCCUGAGGUUGCUGUAGGUAUCCCACUCCAGCGAUUGGGUGUGCCCGAGGAAGUCGCCAAUGUAGUGACCAUGCUGGUGACGACAGGUUAUAUGACAGGCCAGAGUCUCCUGCUGGCAGGAGGGUUAAAGUAA